AUGGGCUACGCCCAUCCUGACGCCCCUGAAAGGGGUCGUCGCCUCCAGCCGGCGGCCAUUGCAAUCACCUUGGCCGUGAUCUUCCUGGCGGGUAAUGUCCGUGGUGCGAUGGCCCAGGGGUAUCUACCACCCACGCAUCCUUCUCCAUCGCCGCCACCGCCUCCGUCUCCUCCUCCUUAUUACUACCCUUCUCCGCCUCCAUACCACUACAAAUCCCCACCCCCACCCUCACCCUCGCCUCCUCCUCCUUACAUCUACAAGUCCCCACCCCCACCCUCACCCUCGCCUCCUCCUCCUUACAUCUACAAGUCCCCACCCCCACCCUCACCCUCGCCUCCUCCUCCUUACAUCUACAAGUCCCCGCCCCCACCCUCACCCUCGCCUCCUCCUCCUUACAUCUACAAGUCCCCACCCCCACCCUCACCCUCGCCUCCUCCCCUCCUUACAUCUACAAGUCCCCCACCCCCCACCCUCACCCUCGCCUCCUCCUCCUUACAUCUACAAGUCCCCACCCCACCCUCACCCUCGCCUCCUCCUCCUUACAUCUACAAGUCCCCACCCCCACCCUCACUACCCCUCGCCUCACCCUCGCCUCCUCCUCCUACAUCUACAAGUCCCCACCCCCACCCUCACCCUCGCCUCCUCCUCCUUACAUCUACAAGUCCCCACCCCCACCCUCACCCUCGCCUCCUCCUCCUUACAUCUACAAGUCCCCACCCCCACCCUCACCCUCGCCUCCUCCUCCUUACAUCUACAAGUCCCCACCCCCACCCUCACCCUCGCCUCCUCCUCCCUACUACUACAACAAGUCCCCACCCCCACCCUCACCCUCGCCUCCUCCUCCCUACUACUACAAGUCCCCACCCCCACCCUCGCCGUCGCCUCCUCCUCCCUACUACUACAAGUCUCCACCACCACCCUCACCGUCGCCUCCUCCUCCCUACUACUAAAAAUCCCCACCCCCACAGUCAUCGUCUCCCUCUCCGCCAUACUACGAUAGCUCACUACCUCCGUCGCCUGGCUCUCCCUCGGGGAUCUCUCUCGAUUAGUACCUGCGUGGCCAGUAUCUUCUAUGCUGACAACGCUUAUCCUCAUCCACGAUCCUGCUGCGUUGUAGGCCUCUUUGUCGCAACAAGAACGUAAAUAAGUGGCACCUCAGGUGCUGGUUUAGGGUUCCUUCUGAAUCCUCCGGACAUGGUCGCGUUUUUCAUUUUUUUCUGGUUGUUUGUUCUCCAAUAUUACAUGGUAUGCUCCUCCUGUACGUUGUCAUAAAACAUAGACACCUGUUUGAGCAUCCCACUGUGUGUUCUAUCGUUCUCGUCUUCACUUGGGACGAGCUCCUCUCCGGAUCUUGGAAGGCCAGCCGGAUGCUCGAUUCUUUGGUUCAUUGAGGUCAUCCACGAACGGCAUGGCAAAGGCGAGAGUGUCUAUGAGGGCGGUUUGGCGGGGCGGACGCUAGUUUGCGGGAGGGAUUUCACGGAUCUGGCGGGAAAGAUUCCCAGAUCUUGCCAAAGCGGGCCGCGGGGACUUUUCUGGGAGAGUAGUCCGAUAGACAGACAGAUAGACGGAGAUUGAGAGAGAUAUCUAGAGAAAGAGAGGGAGAGCCUGAAUACCCAAAGUAGAAGCUCGACCAGCCUUUCGCUCUGGCUCAUGAAUGACGGAAUCACACGAGAGAGUCGACUGCCAUGAGGCGCACCAGUCAAGGGUAUCGUCACUCCCUGAUCUCGGAGUUUCCUUCUUUCUUGUUGCACUCACCAUCGUCAAUCCCACGUCAAUCUCAGGGAGAAAAUCAUGAAAUGCCGUAUCCCAGGAAACCUGUCUAAAUUUUAAAAAACUCACUCGUGUGCCGUAUUUUCCUCUUAAUAUCGUCACCCUUCAAUAGUUUGACCUCUUCGGACCAGACUCUGGAAAAGCCCUCGCCUCUUCCGCCAACUUUUAAAAAUGGAUUCAAGAUCAGGUAUGUCAACACGCAAAAAAAUCGAUUUGGGUCUUACAUUUUCGGUGUUAGUCUUCCGAGUAAGUGGAAGUCCGCCGCGUUCUUCUUCUGGGGUUCAUUUUCAACACAAGGUAUAGACAGGGUUUUAAGCUCGACUUGGCGGAAGUAUCAUCGGCUCCGGAACUUGGACCUCGUCUCCUAUUACUCUCUGUCACUCUCCCUCCCCCCCUAUCCUUCUCCGGAACUUUGACCUCUUCUCUCUCUCUCUCUCUCUCUCUCUCUCUCUCUCUCUCUCUCUCUCUCUCUCUCUCUCUCUCUCUCUCUCCCUCUCUCCCUCUCUCUCCCUCUCUCUCUCUCUCUCUCUCACCCCGAUCCCCUGAACCUGCCCUGCCUCCUGUCAUGCCUGUUUCCUUGCCCACCCUUUUCCCAAUCAUAUUCCCCACCUCCCUCCAACUGACUGGUAUGAGUAAUUAGGGCACAUUGGGUCAUAUCACGGCCCAUAAAAAUAUUGGGCUUGGGCCGAUGCAAGCUAGGACUUCAUAGCGUAGCCGACCCAGAUCCAGUUCAAUGAGACCCCUGGUUGGGCCGGGCCAUCCAUUUGACACCCUUAAAAUACCAUGAAUGAUUUAUAUUCAAUUAAGAAAAAAAAGAAUGCAAGACGAUAUUCUCAUUUAUACAUUAAAUAUUAAUAUUUUAAUAAUAAUAACUCGGUUAAACUUCCCCCCUUGCUCGUCAUGGAGAGAUGAAGCCUGGAUCUGGGCCUGAUUUACAGGCAGUUCUAAUCCGGCUUUUCGGCCCGUCCUGAAUCUGCGUUUGACCCAUUAUCAACCCAAUAGAUGGUUUCUUUAACUAUUAUCACCUCCCUUUGGGCCAUUUCUCUGGGAGUUGGACCUUCGGAGAGAAUUUCCGCCAUGAUCGCAGCGCAGAGCGGGAGUCCCACCUUCCUCGGCGCUCGCCAUGCUCGCCGAUGUCCCUGCUCCCGGAGACCGUCCGCUCGCUCGCUGCCUCUUUCAUUGAACCCUGGACGCCGGCGGAUGGCCUCCUCUUUCCCUUCGAAGCGGCCUUCGCUCGGGAAACUGGAGGGGAAUGGCGUCGGCCGGAUAUCUUGCUGCUCCUCUUCGGUUGACCCUCCGGCGAAGGCUCUGCGGAAGAUUCUGGAGUCACCAGGGAUCCACCAGGGGCCCGCUUGCUUCGACGCCCUCAGUGCUAAGCUCGUUGAGCACGCGGGAUUCAAGUUCUGCUUCACGAGCGGUAGGUGUUUGAUAUAUCCCACCGGGGCUUUGCUUCACUUUUUCUUUCCGAUAGGGAAAAAAUAGGCGUUUAUUUUUUCCGUCUCUAUCAGCAUGGGGCGAUGGUUAUUAUUUGGACGUUCUUUCUUGAAUGUGUGCUUACUUGAUCAUGUCUUUUUGUCAUACUGUUAGGUUAAAGUUUGCUCAUCGAACGUACGAUCGAUAAAGCAAGUAAAUUUUAAUUGCAUUUUACGAACAUAAUUUUAAAACAUUUUAUCCCAGAUUAUUCAAUGAAGAUAUUAGAGGCAUGCGGAAUUUUAUGGAUGACCUCUUAUACGCUCUUCACGUGAUAGUGACGGUGAGGUAAGAAGAAACUGUGAGAGGGAAGAAUCACUGUGCAUUCGCCUCUGGACGGCCUUCUAGAAAGUCUCGACAAGAUCUUCCUGUCCAUGCUUCUGGACGAAACCUUGAAAGAAAGGCAGGUCACUGUUAACACUUUAUUCUUAACACAAUGAAAAUAGCAACAUUGUUGCAGAAAUUUUGAGCGGCGAAUUUUUUAAUUGUAUCCAUGGAUUAGUAAUUAAGUCGAUUUCUUCUCAAACACUCAUGUCAUGCCUCAUCGUGUACCUCCAUUGUAUUCACAAUGUUUUUUUGAGAUAUAAAAUGACAAAACUCUUACAGAAUCAUCCAGUGCAAAGGGUAAGAUUUCUAACGGCCGGCUCUUUUUCUCAGGAUUUUCAGUUUCAGCUGCUAGAUUGGGUUUGCCAGAUGUUGGUCUUAUUUCUUACGGUGAAAUGGUUGAUCAAGGGGCACAAAUUACUCAAGCUGUCUCAAUUCCUGUUAUUGGAGAUGGAGAUAAUGGAUAUGGUAAUCAUAUGAAUGUUAAGAGGACUGUUAAGGGCUUUAUCAAAGCUGGUUUUGCAGGAAUCAUUCUUGAAGAUCAGGUUAACUAUCUAUGACAAAAUUAUUUUUUUAUUAUUUUAGAUGAUUCUUAUUUAAAAACAUUGACUGUGGUGAGUCCACUUGUAGAUUUAAAAAAAAAAAAUAGUGUACUAGUUUUCUUAGUUUGGAGAUACUGAUGGUUGCAAUGAAGAACUAGGAUUGAGAGUAUCUUGUCUUCCUCCUGUGCCUCUUCCACAGGUGUUGCCUAAAGCUUGCGGGCAUACUCAGGGGAGGAAAGUAGUCUCAAGGGAGGAGUCAGUGAUGCGCAUAAAGGCAGCAAUUGAUGCUCGGGAAGAAAGUGGUUCUGACAUUGUUAUCGUUGCACGCACUGAUUCUCGUCAAGCUGUAUCCUUGGAAGAAUCACUUUGGAGGUCACGGGCCUUUGCUGAUGCUGGAGCAGAUGUCCUUUUCAUUGAUGCACUUGCUUCUCGAGAAGAGAUGAAAGCCUUGUGUGAUAUUUCUCCUCUUCUUCCUAAGAUGGUAUGCCGCCUUGAUAUUGCUUGUGCAAAGUUUUUACGCCAGCAGCUAACGGGUCCAAAAUUUUCUUGUAGGCAAACAUGCUUGAAGGUGGGGGCAAGACCCCCAUACUGAACCCAAUCGAACUCGAGGAAUUGGGCUUUAAAAUCGUCAGCUAUCCACUCUCCCUGAUUGGGGUUUCCAUCCGAGCAAUGCAGGUGGGAAAUUUAAAAAUCACGAUCUUUAUUUAAUCUGUUCACUAAUGUCAUUUUCGAUGCACACAAAGUAUAACACUACAUUUUUUUGAAUUUUCCAUGCUUUUGAACUAGAGAGUUGGAGAAUGUAUGCAAUCCCUUAGAUGAUUUUAGAGCGUGUAAGAAUACAUCUUGAAUAUAUUUCUUGGGUACACAACCUCAUAUUUGGUCUCUCAUUCAUGCCCAUAUUUCUUAGGAUAUGCCUCAUUGUCCUCAAUCACAGGCAUCAUUUUGCAUCUUGGUCAGAAUCUUUGUUGGGCCUCGCCUCGCUUGACAAAUUAUCGAUAUUUCUAGGAUGCACUCGUGGCAAUUAAAAGCGGUCGGGUCCCUCCUCCCGGAAGCUUGCCGUCUUUCGAAGAAAUCAAAGAUACCAUCGGCUUCAACAAUUACUAUGAAGAAGAGAAGCGUUACACCACCACUGUCUCUCAAUUUUCCACUCGAAGCGGUACGUGCGUGCUCCUCUGUGCCUCACACCCCCUUCCAUACCUCUAACUCCACCUCUAAUCCUCUCUACUUUCUGUACAACCGGCGACAAUUCUGCCAGCGCAGAUAAUUACACAGCCCAACUAACCAGCCGUGAUUACACCGAACCAGCAUACCCUAAAGUCGAAGUGCUCCAGAACAGCGACCCAUAUGAUUCCAGGGGCCUCCUCUCUGGAAUAUGGUCCCGCACCCUGAGGAUCAAGAUUACAGCAAGGGAUGGGUUCGACAAACUUGACAUCAGGAUUCCUGUAAGCCUCUGGCCCCAUGGCAUCUAAGGAACAUGACUGUGGGGGGCGUUCAGCCCACGAGGACCCAUCUGAUGGCGCAUUGAUGUGCUUGCAUGCAGGCGGGCUUCCUUGAAGGAGCGACCAAGAUAAUCCCUGGUAUGGAAACUCCUUCCACCCGAGAUCGGCCUUCUUGUGGAAAUUUCUUGUGAAAAAAAGGCGGCUUCUUUGCCUCAGGCUUGGCAGGUGUGAAUAUCAUGGACAUGCUGGAAGAUGCCGCCAAGGAUGUCGUCGUCGACGGUUCUCAAGUGGGGAAGGUGCUUCUGGACAUCGACGACGCCAGGGGUGACCGGAUUCAAGUGUUUGUGGAGUGAUCAUCGGAAGCCCAUCUCCUCUCCUUCAUAAUUCGUCGAGCUUUGGGUUCAUCUCAUACUCUCUACGAAUGUGGCGUCCUGUUCAAUCUAGCAAUGGGCUUUGGCCUGAAGAUGAAAAUGAGGCCCGGAAUGGCCCAAACCGGGGAGUUGCUUUUUAUCAGGAUGUACGUGUCUCGCGUGCCACAUUUCCAUUUGUUUCUAUUUUAA